AUAAGAGUUACGAGGAUAAUAUUUAAGAAGACCGCUAUUCAGAUGAAAUACUCGCACCUGUUGCGCCUAUACGAAAGCUACGAAUGAUAUCGAUCAAACAAAAGUGAGAAAACGUGCAUUACAGUGAUGGUAACCGAUUAUUCAUUCAAAAUCUGAUUUACUCGUUUGCCAAAUUUUAAAAAAACAUCUCGCACAAAAAUCUACAUAAUUGCAGCACAACUUCCUUUUUAAUAUAAUUACAUAUAGUUUCGGUACACGUAAGAUCUCUUUUGGUAACAUGAAGAAUUGUGCAGCCAAAGCUGGAUCACCGAUCCUGCCGCCCCUACGGUCUGCAAAACGCCGAACCUUUGAUGAAAGGAAUGAACCCGUUGAGGCGUUGCCUCGCAUGAUUGAUAAAUUAUCCAUAGAUGAUAGUGCGAAGCGAAACAGCGCUAGUAAAUUAAAUCGGGAUUCUAUAGCUCGAAAAGAAAUCAGGGAACGUAACUUCAAGUUGACAACUUCUUUGUACAAUAUCGAUGGAAUGUCAUUCGAAGAGCUGCAAGCUUCUCUAUGUAGAUCUGUGGAAAAUCCGCGACAACCGUUUUCAUUUUUAACGAAUAUUUCUGAUGAAUUUGCAAAUAAUAAACAGUUUUCGACGAAACCUACGGAUAUCGAUAUGCAAUUGGCUGCUGUAGCAAAGCGUAUCGAAUCGAGUAAAAUUUUAUUAGAGGAAGCUAAAUCUCACAUCAAAGACAUAUAUCUUCGCGCUAAAGAAACUGACGUUCGUCGAGCAUGGAAAGUGGAUGAUGGUAAAUAAUAUAGUCAUUUAUCAAGAAUUGAAAAAC